AUGGCUCUUUCAAUGACUUCAGUGCGCGCUCCCGUUGCCUUCCGAUCUGCUGCUCUUGCACCGCGUGUGCGUGCCCGCGUCUCGCCUGUGGUUCACCAGCGUCGCAGCUUGGUCGUGCGUGCCGAGUCCAUCGGCGACAAGGCAAAGAACGCGGCAGAGGACGCCAAGGAUGCCGUCAGCGACGCUGCUGGUGCAGUCAAGUCGAAGGCUGGUGAUGCCAAGGACUUCGUGAAGGACAAAGCUGGUGACGCCAAGGGCGCCGCCAAGGACCUUGCGGGCAAGGGAGAGGACGCUGCUGGAGAUGUUGAGAAGAAGGCCAAGAACGCCGCUGACGACACCAAGGGAGCAGCCAAGGAUGCGUCCAGGAAGACUGAGCGUGCUGCUGAUGAUGCCAAGGACUCAGUGAAGAGGAAUCUGUGA